UUUCGUCGAUGUGAGGUAAAUAAAAACCAUUAAAAUAGCAAAAAUAUCGUUUAUGAUUUAUCUCAAUGGAGGAAAAUAAUUCCCUAGUGUAUGGUUUAGAAUUCCAGGCUCGUGCGCUAGCCGCCCUGCAAGCUGAAGACAGUAAAGUUGUACGAUUUUUCGUCGCCACGCAAUCUCUUAAACCGAACAACCAGCUACACGUAGUGGAUGUAAAUGAAAAUACAACCGCACUAGAUGCUAAGGUAUUUUCGCAUCCCCUUGGCGAAGUAUGGAAACUAAACGCAAGCCCUCACGAUGGCCGCAUUAUUGCAUCCUGCUAUAGUACUUUAAAGGGCUCCCAGGCUGUAAUGCAAACAGCCUUGUUGAAAUUACCUGAGGAGUUUACUUCCGGAGAAGACGACCAGGAGUUCUUGAAAUUCGCAGAUGAAGAGAUCUUGAAAACCGACGGAUAUGGAACCGAGAUACGAACUACAGAGUUUCAUCCUACGGAUCCUUCAUUGCUGUGCACUGUGAUCGAUGGAAAACUAUUGCUUUUCAAUCGAUCUGAGGCUUCAACCAAACUAUUGGCGGAAGUCAACGCAAAGAAUUCUCCUCGCUUUUCCGGCGGGCGCUGGUCUUAUUUCCAUCAAAGUAAUCAGUUCAUAACGUUAUCAGAUUGCAGCAUAAGAUCGUACGAUAUUCGUGAGCCAAAUCAUUGUGCCUGGGUUAUUGAAGAUGCCCACAGUCAGCUGGUUCGUGAUUUGGACUGUAACCAGAAUAAGGCGUAUCAUAUUGUUACCGGUGGCGACGACGGCGUGAUGAAGAUCUGGGAUUUUCGCAACACGAAGGAGCAUGUUUUUGCCAGCAGCGAGCAUCAUCAUUGGAUUUGGAGCGUGCGAUACAAUACAUUCCAUGAUGAGCUUGUGCUGUCCAGCAGCAGUGACGGCAAAGUGCUGCUUACCUGUGCUCACAGCGUAAGCUCAGACAAUUAUGAAAGCAGGGAUGAUUCGGAGAGCAAGGUACCACUGUCGGAUGGUUUACUGGAAGCGUUCGACCAGCACGAAGAUUCGGUGUACUGUGUGGAAUGGAGCAACACUGAUCCGUGGAUAUUUGCAUCUCUCAGCUACGACGGCAGGGUGGUUAUCUCUAAGGUUCCAAAACAGGUUAAAUACCACAUUAUGUUGUAGACGUGCACUCCACUGUUAACCGCAAACGGCACGGAAUUUUCGAAUAGAUGUAAAAUCAAGAGCAAGUUUCUUUGCAUUAAAAUAGCUAAAAACAACCAGUCAGUUUCGUAUUAUAGUACAAUUCAUUGAAACGUUCUUAUAUCGUAAACUUAUGUUUCGAUUAGAAAGAAAAUGGAGUGACGCUAUCAGCAUGUAUAACUAAGUUUUGCUAAUAUAAUUCACAAAAGAUCGUACGUGAGUUCUGCCCUGACA